AUGACUUCAUUCACACUUGAGAAGAGCUUAUAUAAGUUGAAGCUCUCUCCAGUCUCCACCAUCACUCAACUCACUCGCAGUGCUAAAUUUGCAAAAAUGGGGUGUCAUCCUAUCCUUCUCUGCCUCCUCUGUUUCCUCUUUUUCUUACAUUCCUCCCUUCACCUUGCUUCGCCCCUUUGCCCUUCCGACCAACGGGAUGCCUUGCUCCGUUUUAAGAAUUCCUUCGUGGUCGACCACAUGGCGUCGUACUCUUGUGAUAGGUUCAGCCCUGCCGUGUCCUAUCCAAAGACGAACUCGUGGAAUAAGGGCAAGGACUGCUGCUCAUGGGAUGGCGUCACUUGUGACGGCGUCACCGGCAACGUCGUUGGUCUAGACCUUGCUUGCUGUUGGCUUCGUGGUGCUCUCCAUUCCAAUAGCUCCCUCUUUCUCCUUCGCCAUCUUAUGAAUCUCAACCUUUGCGGUAAUAACUUUUCUGGCUCACACAUUUCGCCUAAUCUGAGCGCAUUUGCGAAAAUGACUCAUAUGAAUCUCUCUCGCUCACAAUUUUCGGGUACCGUUCCAAGUGAAAUCUCUCAUCUCUCUAAGUUGGUGUCACUUGAUCUCUCUUCCCCUGAUUAUGAGGAUUCAAACUUGCGCUCUUCUCUUAAGUUGGAAAAUCCGAUCUUCACAAUGCUUGCUCAAAACCUAACAGUAUUGAGAAAGCUUGUUCUUGAUAAAAUAAACAUGUCCAUGGUUUCACCAAAGUCCUUUGUGAAUUUGUCUUCUUCUUUGACACAUUUAAGCGUUUCUAGUUGUUCCUUAAGGGGGAUAUUCCCGGUUAGUUUUUUUCAAUUCCCAAACCUUACUACUCUCGUUAUCAGUUACAAUGAAGACAUGUCCGGGAUUCUUCCCAAAUCGAAUUGGACUGGUCCUCUUGCCUACUUGUCUCUCACGGGUAAGAGCUUUUUAGACGAAAUACCCGAUUUAAUUUGGUAA